AUGGGAUUUGUAAAAGCAGAAGAAUUUAUAAAUCAUUACAUGAGGGUAAAUAAGGAAAUUAAAGAAUUAUCAAAUAGAAAAAAUGAAGAAUUUAAAUUUAAUAUUUUCAUUUUUUAUUAUAAUAACAUCGAUUCUUUAUGUACUGAACACAUUUUACAUUUUCAUAAAAAUUUGAAAAGAGAUAUUAAUAUAUUUAGUUAUGGUGUAGAAAAAAAAGAAGAUAUAAUAAAUUUUUUUAAAAAAUAUGAUGAUAUAUAUGCAAAAAAUAAAGAAUAUUAUAGAGAUUAUUUUUUUCAAGUUAUAUUAAUAGGAAUUUGUUCUCAUAUAAAUACCGAUACAACAAUUUAUGAACAUAUUGAGAAUUUUUUUAGUAAAAUUUUAAGUAAAAAUUAUUUAGGUUAUUUAAAAUUUUUUGUUAUAGAUAAUAAGAGACCUUUUAAUGAAAUCUUUGAAAAUAGUGAUAAGUGGGAAUUAGUACUUUAUGAAAAUGAACUAAAUGAAAUAAUAGAGAUAUAUAAUAAUAACAAAAAUAAUAAAGAGAAAAAUAAUUCUUAUUCAAAUUUUUUUGAUCAUUAUAAAAUAGUAAAAGAAGAAUAUAAAUGUUUAUGCUUAAUGAUAUAUCCUUUUAUACAAUGUGUAAGUGAAGAUGAUUCAUCAGCAACAAUUUUUAUUUCAAGUAUUUCGUUAAUAUCAUAUUUAAAAACAGAUCAGAUAACUCAUGAAUAUUACAAUAAAGAAAUAAAAAACUUACAUAAUGACUCAUUAAAUAUUUCUAGUGGUCAUUUUAUGUGUUUUGAAUCCGAAAGAGGAUUACUACCAAUGUUAUCUUUUAUUUCCUUAAAUGAAUCUCUAGAAAUUGACGAAAGAAUAUAUAUAUAUGAUCAUAAAAAUAUUAAAAAUACAUUUAAUCAAAUUAGAACAAUGUGUCAUAUUGAAAUAAAAGAGUUUACGGGUAACUUUAGACAACUUGAUUUAAGAAAACAAAACGAAAUUUUAGUAAAAUUAAAAAACUUCAUAAAAAUAAUAAAACCAAUGAAUACAUUAGGAUGGAAGAGAAGAACAUAUGUUCUCUACAACAAUGACAGUUUUUAUUUUUUAAUCAUACUUAUUUAUAUAUAUAUAAAUAGAGCUAAAAAAAUGGAUACAUAUCUUUAUAACUGUUUAAAAACAUCUGACUUUUUGCAUAAUAUUUUUAAAGAUAGAUUAAAGCAAUCUGAGAUUUAUGAUAAACUAAUUGAAAAACAUCUACACAAAAAUGCAGCAAAUUAUUUAAGUAUAUUAAUUAAAAAAAUUAUUGAAAGUAAUAAAAAAUCCAUUUCUAUAACUCCUAAUUUGAAAAUUUUCUUAGACAUAUUUCAAACACCAAAAAAUUCUUAUUGUCAUCCUUUUGAAUUAAAAUUUAUAUCUAAUAUGUUUUCAUCAUUUCAAUCUUAUUGUAAUGAUAAAUAUAAAACAUAUCACCUUAUUGUUAGUCAUAUUAUAGAUUCAGAUGAUACAAUUUUAUAUGGAUUUACACCAUUAAAUAAAAAAGAUUAUUGGCCUUUAAUUUUUUCAAAAAUUGCAUAUACAAAUUCAGAACAAAUUAUUUAUGAUGCAUUAGUGGAUGUUAAUACAAUCAAAAUAAGAAAAAACGACUUUAAAUUUAUAUUGGACGAAAUAAAAGAUGUAUUUAGAAGAAUGAUUAAACAUGAUCAUAAAAAAGAAUUAGAUGAAAAUGUUAGUAGUGAAGAAGAAUUUUUAGAAGAAGAUGAAGAUGAUAGAGAAGAAGAACAUUUUGAAGAAGGGCAAAUAAAUGAACUUAAUGAAGAGAAAAAUUCAGUAAGUGAUGAUGCAAAUGAAUAG